CUCAUCUUCACAUUCAUUCAAAAACACAAAACCAAUCUGUAAAACCUCACUCGUCUCCUUCCUUAUUUGCUUCAAAAACCAGCUCCCAAACAGCAAUACAAGAUGGGUAGUGAUGAUAAACCAUUAUUGACUCUGCUCUCGUUUCUCCAUUCCUUGGCUGGUCCAGCAGUCAUGCUCUUGUACCCUUUAUAUGCAUCGGUAAGAGCAAUAGAGAGCACAUCAAAGGUUGAUGAUGAACAGUGGCUUGCUUAUUGGAUCUUCUACUCUUUUCUCACUCUCAUGGAGAUGGUCCUUGAACCCCUUCUUGUCUGGAUACCGAUAUGGUACGACAUAAAGCUAGCUUUUGUGGCGUGGUUGGUUCUACCACACUUCAGAGGAGCUGCUUUUAUCUAUGAGAACCAUGUUAGAGAACUGUUGAGGAAAUAUGGUGGUAAUUUGUUGGUGAAAGAUCAUACGUCCCCUGCAACCAAGGCCAAGAACAGAUUUGUUGAUGCCAUUACCCCCAAGAAGGUAGAGGACUAAGCCUAGAAGGAGCACGAGGCGUAUUAAAUGUAGAAGAAAAGGAACGUUAUGUGAUUGUCGGGUGUUAAAUGAUGUUGAAAUUUCAGUUAAAUGAAGUUGAAAUUCAGUCCACUCACUGUAGAUUCUUGUUUUGAGUAGUUAGACUUUGGUGUUGUAGUCAAGUGGUCCGAAGAAUGUAGACCCAUCCCAUAUCAUAUGUAAGAGAGGAGGGUCUUUUUUUCUUUUGUUUUUGCUUUUUGAAAAAGAAGUGCAAUACUAAUUGGUGUGUAACUCAAUCUAAUGUGUCGACUUCUUUAAUUAUGUGUAGUUUAUCUAAUUUUACACUUUUA